AUGGAUAUUUUCAAUACCUACAAUAACUCCAAUAAUACUGCUGGUUUCAUCCUCCUUGGAUUCCCCUGUAGCAGAGAGAUUCAGAUUCUCCUCUUCAUACUAUUCUUCAUCAUCUACAUCCUAACCCUUAUAGGAAAUGGAUCUAUCAUCUGUGCUGUGUACUGGGAUGAACGCCUUCAUAACCCCAUGUACAUCCUCUUGGCCAAUUUCUCUUUUCUAGAGAUCUGGUAUGUCACUUCUACUGUCCCCAAUAUGUUGGUCAACUUUCUCUCUAAGAACAAGACUAUCUCAUUCUCUGGAUGCUUCCUCCAAUUCUACUUCUUCUUCUCUUUAGGUACUACAGAAUGCUUUUUUCUGGCAGUUAUGGCAUUUGAUCGGUAUCUGGCCAUCUGCCGACCUCUCCAUUAUCCUACCAUCAUGACAGGACAUCUCUGUACCUGUCUGGUGGUCAACUGCUGGAUAUUUGGUUUCCUCUGGUUCCUGGUUCCUAUCAUCUUCAUUUCCCAAAUGUCCUUCUGUGGCUCCAAGAUUAUUGACCACUUUCUAUGUGACCCAGGCCCACUGCUAGCUCUUACCUGCACGAGAGCCCCUUUGAUAGAAUUCACCUGUUCUAUCUUGAGUUCUUUGCUCCUGUUUGCACCCUUUCUCUAUAUCAUGGGAACUUACGCAUUGGUCCUGAGAGCUGUGUUGAAAGUUCCUUCGGCUGCAGGUCGCCGUAAAGCCUUCUCCACCUGUGGGUCUCAUUUGGCUGUGGUGUCAUUGUUCUAUGGCUCUGUGAUGGUGAUGUAUGUGAAACCAACAUCAGGUCAUGAAGCUGGAACCCAAAAGACUGUGACCCUCUUUUAUUCUGUGGUGACCCCAUUCUUAAAUCCUUUGAUCUAUAGCCUUAGGAACAAGGAAAUGAAGGAUGCCCUGAACAAAUUUCUGGGUAUAUAA